GUUGCGCGUCAAAGUGUCCGCCGGGGCGCGAGCGUGCAGUGGUGAAACACUGUGCGCGACAGUGCGUGCGUGCGUGCGCGUUCCGCCCGUGUCAUCAGCAAAAAUAUGCAAAAGUAUGAGAAGCUCGAAAAAAUAGGAGAAGGCACUUAUGGCACCGUGUUCAAAGCCAAGAAUCGCGAGACACACGAAAUCGUCGCGCUGAAGCGGGUGCGACUGGACGAUGACGAUGAAGGUGUACCGUCGUCAGCACUACGGGAGAUCUGUCUUCUGAAGGAACUCAAGCAUAAGAAUAUAGUUCGUCUCUAUGAUGUGCUGCACAGCGACAAGAAACUCACCUUGGUGUUUGAGCACUGCGACCAGGAUCUCAAGAAGUACUUCGACAGUCUAAAUGGGGAGAUUGAUUUAGACGUCGUCAAAUCAUUCCUAUAUCAAUUAUUAAGAGGACUAGCGUUCUGCCAUAGCCGAAAUGUUCUGCAUAGAGAUCUCAAACCGCAGAACUUACUCAUCAAUAAGAAUGGGGAGCUGAAGCUCGCUGAUUUCGGAUUAGCAAGGGCGUUUGGUAUCCCUGUGAAAUGUUACUCGGCAGAAGUUGUUACAUUAUGGUACCGUCCCCCGGAUGUUCUUUUCGGAGCAAAAUUAUAUACAACGUCCAUUGAUAUGUGGAGUGCAGGAUGCAUAUUCGCAGAACUUGCAAACGCCGGCAGACCGCUCUUUCCCGGAUCGGACGUAGACGAUCAAUUGAAAAGAAUAUUUAAAAUGUUGGGCACACCCACCGAGGAGACCUGGCCCGAUUUAACGACACUUCCCGAUUACAAGCCCUUUCCACAGUACCAUCCUACGCAAGGACUGGCGCAGGUUACACCAAAACUCACUUCAAGAGGCAAAGACUUACUCCAGAGAUUAUUAGUGUGUAAUCCGGCUCUACGGCUGUCGGCGGAGGAAGCAAUGGCGCAUCCAUACUUCAACGACUUAAAUCCUACAAUAAAGAAUGACCGAUGCCAAUAGCGAAUCAUCCCUCUUAGCUUAGAUCGACCGAAAGCACACACGGCGCGUAAAGUGCGCAGCGACCAAAAUAUGGAAAAAGAAAACACUCCAGCAAAGAUCGUUUGUUAAUAUAUAUACAAAUAUAUAUAUAUAUAUUACAUAUUCGACGUGGUGACUGCCCCGCGAAAAGAAAAAGACAUCGAUGAGUCUUGUUGUUUUAUAGAAGCGAAAGGAGUUUCGAAAAAUCGUUAAUUUUUUCUCUGACAGCAAUUUCUUCGCACCGAAAGUGAAAAUUUGAUGAUGGAAAAGAAAGACGCGACGCGCUGCCAGAGUCGCGAAUAAUGUGCAGAAUUUAUGCAAGAUUGAGUAGGAUAUUAAGAACGCGAUUCAUUUAUUAAAUAAUUAUUAUAUCAAUAAACUGAUAUCUCUUAAAUAAACCUUAAUUAUAUA